AUGUCUCAAUGUAAUCCUGUUGCUACUCCUGUUGCUACCUCCGACAAACUUUGUGCUAAUGCUGGUUCUUCUUGUGAAGAUCCUACCUUGUAUCGUAGCCUAGCUGGAGCUUUGCAGUAUCUUACUUUCACCCGCCCCGAUAUUUCAUAUGUCGUUCAGCAAGUUUGCCUUUAUAUGCAUGAUCCUCGCAUUGAACAUAUGGCUGCUAUUCAUCGCAUUCUUCAUUAUGUCAAGGGCACUCUUCACUAUGGUCUGCAGUUAUAUCGUUUUAAUAUUUCGACUAUUUUGUCCUAUACCGAUGCUGAUUGGGGUGGCUGUCCUGAUACUCGCCGCUCCACUUCUGGUUACUGUGUUUUUCUGGGUGAUAAUUUAAUUUCCUGGUCAGCUAAACGCCAACCUAUUAUUUCCAAGUCUAGUGCUGAAGCUGAAUAUCGUGGUGUUGCUAAUGUUGUUUCUGAAACUUGCUGGAUUCGCAAUUUACUUCUUGAGUUGCACUAUCCUAUUACCUCAGCUACUCUUGUCUAUUGCGACAAUAUUAGUGUCGUUUAUUUAGCUGGAAUCCAGUCUAUCAUCAGCGCACUAAGCAUAUUGAGAUCGACAUUCACUUUGUUCGUGAAAAAGUCAAACGUGGUGAUGUUCGGGUACUUCAUGUUCCAUCCCGUUAUCAGAUUGCUGACAUUUUCACCAAAGGCCUUCCUCAAGUAUUAUUUGAUGAUUUUCUUUCCAGUCUCAGCGUCUCCAACCCUCCCGAUUCGACUGCGGGGGUGUAUUAGCAUAUUAGAAUAUCUUAAAAUAAUAUCUCUUUGA